AAUAAUAUCAACAAUAAUGAUGAUGAAACAAAAGCAACUUCAUUAAAAAGACGAGUUAGUCAAUAUGCUGAAAGAAUUAAGCCACCACCAGAUCUUACCGAAGCAUUACGAUUUACAUUUUAUUCUACAGAGACAGGAACUAUACGCACCAACUGUUUUUCAGAGAUCCCACCAAAAGGUCAAACAAUGACAGAAUUAUUAAAACAAGGAUAUUUUUGGAUUGAUGUAUUAUCACCAACUGAUUCAGAAAUGAGGAUUUUAAGUUCGAUUUUUCAUAUUCAUCCAUUGACAACAGAAGAUAUUGAGACAGAAGAAUCACGAGAGAAAUGUGAAUUAUUCAAAAAUUAUUAUUUCAUUAAUUUUCGAUCAUACAAUCAAAACAAUUGUAAUCCAUCAGAUGAUAUUGAACCUAUAAGCAUGUUUAAUGUUGUCAUGAGAGAAGGGAUACUAUCAGAUUAUAUUAAAGUGACACCUGAUUGGAUCAAUUAUGCUUUAAUUGAUGAUAUAACUGAUUCAUUUGCACCACUUAUACGCCAAGUAGAGUUUCAAUCAGAUGCAAUUGAUCAAUUGGUGUUGGCUUUAAUAGAUUCUUCUGUCUCUGCACACUCAAAUUACCUUGCACAAAUAUCUAUUGAAAUUACACAACUUAGCAACAAAACCAAUAAUAUUAUAAACAAGUUAACAGCAUUUGCCACAAUACUUUUACCAAUGAAUGUUGUAACAGGAUUAUUUGGAAUGAAUGUUAAAGUACCUGGUCAAGAUGAGGACAAUCUCAUAUGGUUUCUCUCGAUUGUUGGAGCAAUUUCAUUGUUUGGAUUGAUAGGCAAUAAAUUUAGUACACCUAUAUCUCUUAAGAGUUAA